AUGUCGUCGCGACUUACAGUCCCCGUCUCCAAACUCACCCGCGCCUUGAGCACCACGCCCGCCGCCUCGCGGCCGAGCCAUGUCCUCAACAAUGUCUCCAAAGCAGCAGCAGCCGCCGCCGCCGGCGGCAGGAAACCAAGCGCCCUAGCCGAGGAACCUCCUUCCGACCAGCAGCAGCGCAACCACUCCACGACCACCACCACCACCAGCGCCCCGCACCGCCCCGGCACGCCGCGCCCGCGCAAGCCCAUCCCCUUCAUGCAGACCUUCCACCACUCAGCCCCCAAACCCGCCCAGCCGACCUUCGCCACCGUCGACCGGGCAAUCCUGCCCGACCUCUCCCUCCUCGCGGCACAGGAAUCCUCAGAAGCAGCGGGCGGCGGCAGCGGCGCGUACGAUCCGUACCUACACAUCCGCGUGCCGCUGCUGCCGGACGCGCGGGCUCCCCCCGCGCCGGUGGCGGGCUGGCGGCGGCCGGCGGAGGCGGCGGACGCGACGCCGCUGCCGCGCGCCGAGAUCUGCGUCGUGGCGGCCGGCGGCCCGGCGGGCGUGCUCCCCCCCGCCGCGCUGACCGAGGUCGAGGGGAUGGGCGUCGACGGGGUCGAGCUCGGGUUCGCGCACCUCCUUGGACGGGAGGAGGGGGAGGGGGAGAGCUAUGAGAUGGGUCCCGGCAUGAUUCGGGAUGUGUGGAAGGGGAUGGUGGAGGAUGUUUUUGGUGGUGCGGGGAGUAGUAGUAGUAGUGGGAAGGGUGGACCUGCUGCUGCGGCUUGA